AUGGCAGGUCAGACAUUUGUCUUCAACUUGAUAGUCAUCCAAUUAGCUCCGGUCUUCAGCGGAAUUGGAUUCCUGGAUCAACAUUGGUUGGAGAACACGGAUCUGGUGACCGAUCCCAACAUCAAGGAAAGACAUCCCUACAGACUUUCCGCAGAAUCAUACCACAAUGACGAUCAAAAAUCCGAAAGGGCUGGGCAUGGAAGUCAUCCGACAGAAAUUGUAGAGCUGACAGCUGGAGUAGAACCCGUGUAUGUUGAUGAGCCGAUGUCUAGAGGCCUUUGGGGCAUUUGCCACCGACAGUGUCUUUACGCUUUUUCAGAUAACUUCACCCUACAGCACCAUCUCUUCGUCCCUUUGGCGUGCACACUCAAAGUGGCAGCAGUCCUCAUAUUCACCUUGGACUCCUACAUGACGUACGGAGUCACCCAUCUAGAUAGCCAAGGUGUUCCGCAUUUUGGAAGAAGUUUCUGGGCAGCUGUGGUAGCAUUGGUUUUGACCUCAGUGUACACUUUGAUAAGUGCGGUCAUGGCGAGUCGUAUUACGAAGUCGCGUGUAGUCAUCUCCUAUGAUGGAAAAUAUUAA